ACACUUACCGGAGGGGCGGGGCGCAUGCGUCAUCCGCGCCGGAGAUUGACGUAGGGGGCGGGGCUCGCCGGAGCGUCCGGGAGAGGCGGACUGGGGGGCGGCGGGCGGCCGGGCUAUGGACCGCUACGCGGGCGCCGGGGACGAGGCUGCGGACCGGGCCCGGCAGCAGGAGCGGCACUACCAGCUGCUGUCAGCGCUGCAGAGCCUGGUCAAGGAACUGCCCAGCUCCUUUCAGCAGCGCCUGUCCUACACCACGCUCAGCGACUUGGCCCUGGCACUGCUCGAUGGCACUGUGUUCGAGAUCGUGCAGGGGCUUCUGGAGAUCCAGCACCUCACCGAGAAGAGCCUGUAUAACCAGCGACUGCGGCUGCAGAACGAACACCGAGUGCUCAGGCAGGCUCUGAGGCAGAAGCAUCUGGAAGCCCAGCAGACCUGCCGGCCCCACAACUUGCCAGUUCUCCAGACAGCUCAGCAGUGCGAGCUGGAGCAGGAGCCACCCUCACUCAAGACAUGGCAGGCCAUGGAGCAUCGAAUCCGGGAGGAGCAGCAGGCCAUGGACCGCAAGAUUGUCCUGGAACUGGACCGGAAGGUUGCUGACCAGCAGAGCACACUGGAGAAGGCAGGGGUAGCUGGUUUCUACGUGACCACGAAUCCUCAGGAGCUGACGCUGCAGAUGAACCUGUUGGAACUCAUCAGGAAGCUGCAGCAGAGGGACUGCCAGGUGGGGAAGGCAGCCCUGUGACCAGGAGGGCCCUGCUGUCCUCCACUGCCU